AUGGCUGUUGAAGAAAUGGCUUUACAAAAAGAAGCAAGAAAAGGUAUGACCACUGAAGAGGCUGAAUUUUCAGUCGAAACUAAAUUGGAUCACCAAGUAUUCUUAUGGUCGGAUAAGUACCGACCACGAAAACCUAGAUAUGGUAAUAGGGUACAUACUGGAUUUGAGUGGAAUAAGUACAAUCAAACUCAUUAUGACAUGGAUAAUCCUCCACCAAAAAUUGUUCAAGGAUAUAAGUUUAAUAUAUUUUAUCCAGAUUUAAUUAAUAAAGGUUCAACUAAACAAUAUUUCUUGACUGCUUGCGGAAAUAACCCAGAAUUCGCAGUCUUGAGAUUCCAUGCUGGUCCCCCAUAUGAAGGUAUUGCAUUCAAGAUUGUAAACAGAGAAUGGGAAUAUUCCUAUAAAAGCAUUCCGUUGCCAGUUUCAUAA